AUGACAAUUUCUCUUUUCUUUUCUAUAUUUUUCUUUUUUUUCUUUUUCUUUUAUUUUUUCUUUUCUUUAUUUUUUCUUUAUUUUUUCUUUAUUUUCCUUUUUUCUUUUUUUCUUUCUUUUUCUUUUCUUAUUCUUUUUUCUUUUCUUUAUUUUUUCUUAUUUUUCUUUUUCCUUUUUUCUUUUUUUUUUUCAUUUUUCUUUCUUUUUCUUUUCUUUUUUCUUAUUUUUCUUUAUUUUUUUCAUUUUUCUUUUCUUUUUUCUUUUUUCUUAUUUUUCUUUAUUUUUUCUUUUCUUUAUUUUUCUUUUUCUUUCUUUUCUUAUUCUUUUUUCUUCUUUAUUUUUUCUUAUUUUUCUUUUUCCUUUUUCUUUAUUUUUCUUUCUUUUUCUUUCUUUUUCUUUUCUUUAUUUUUCUUUCUUUUUCUUUUCUUUAUUUUUCUUUCUUUUUCUUUUCUUUAUUUUUCUUUCUUUUUCUUUUCUUUAUUUUUCUUUCUUUUUCUUUAUUUUUCUUUAUUUUUCUUUUCUUUUCUUUAUUUUUCUUUCUUUUUCUUUUCUUUUCUUUAUUUUUCUUUCUUUUUCUUUUCUUUUCUUUAUUUUUCUUUCUUUUUCUUUUCUUUAUUUUUCUUUCCUUUAUUUUUCUUUAUUUUUCUUUUCUUUUCUUUAUUUUUCUUUCUUUUUCUUUUCUUUAUUUUUCUUUCUUUUUCUUUUCUUUAA